GGAGCCGGAGGGUGGGGGGGAAUAAGGAGCUCGGUAGAUUGUGUGGCUAGAGAGGUCGGAGGUAAGUGGCUGUAGAAGUCGGGCGUACCCAGAAUCCAGAGGAAUCGAGAUCAUGACUUAUGCUUAUCUCUUCAAGUACAUCAUCAUCGGAGACACAGGUGUGGGGAAGUCAUGUCUCCUCCUGCAGUUCACAGACAAGCGGUUCCAGCCCGUUCACGACCUUACAAUAGGUGUGGAGUUUGGAGCACGUAUGGUCAACAUUGAUGGAAAACAAAUCAAACUGCAAAUCUGGGAUACGGCUGGGCAAGAAUCCUUCCGUUCUAUCACCCGUUCCUACUACAGGGGAGCAGCUGGAGCAUUGCUGGUGUACGACAUUACAAGGCGUGAAACUUUCAACCACCUGACCUCAUGGUUAGAGGAUGCCCGGCAGCACUCUAGUUCCAACAUGGUUAUCAUGCUGAUUGGGAAUAAGAGUGACCUAGAGUCUCGCAGGGAUGUGAAGAGAGAAGAAGGAGAGGCCUUUGCUCGAGAACAUGGACUUAUAUUUAUGGAAACUUCAGCCAAAACAGCCUGCAAUGUUGAAGAGGCCUUCAUUAACACAGCCAAAGAAAUAUAUAGGAAGAUCCAGCAGGGUUUAUUUGAUGUUCACAACGAGGCAAAUGGCAUCAAGAUUGGGCCCCAGCAGUCAAUUUCAACAUCACUGGGACCCAGUGUCUCUCAGCGGAACUGUCGUGACGUGGCGUCCAACUCUGGCUGCUGCUGAACAUCUGGCCUGAACUCCUUUUUUUCCUUCCUGGAACAGCUUCAGAUCAAUAGGCUUAAUGAAAGAGGUCUUACUUGCUUUAGCUGAGAGCAGCCUCUUUUCAAGGUGUGAUGUUUUGCCUUUCCACUUAAAGACCAGGGAAGAAUUUGGGCCCUUGCUGACCUGUCCUUCUUCAGGGACGUGAACAUUCCCUAUAGAUUAGGGCUCUUCUCAUUCUCUUAUUUUAAUAUUUCUAAAAUGUUAGGAUCAAAGUUGUCACAGUAGUUCAAAAAUAAAUAAUUUUAUAAGCAUAUACAAUCUGUUCCCCACCAAGAAUUAGGGUCAAGGACAUUCUGCUUGAACACCUGAAAUUAUUGUGAUCUGGCUGGCCUUUAGAUGAUAGAUCCUCUGCUGAAUAAUUUCACUGAAUUUUUUUCUUGCCUUUGGGGGUCUACUUGCCACUUCAGAAGAAUUUUUACAGAAGGCAAUUCCUUCUGUUUGCUUAAGGAUGCUGAGUACUUCUUUACUAUCUAAUUGCUAGUUUCUAUCUCUUAGAAUAACUGCAAAACUUCUGAGAGCAGUAGAGUUGGUCCUAGACCUAUGGCCACUUAUUGCCUAAAGAAAAAUCUGUUCUCUGUUCAUUUUGUUUUAGGUACCAGAUCUAAUAUUAUAGUGUCUUUUGUCAGAUAGACUUCUACUGUUUCAUCAUCAUACAUACUUCUUAACUAAACCUAGUUAGACUUUGUACUUUAAUCAAGCUAAUCUGCUUACUGAACAUAACACAUGUAUUUCUAUUUCCAUAUCUUUGCACAUGCCCUGCU